AUGGCGAAAAAGAUGACGGGUGGUGGCUUUGUUUGGGCGGCGGUGUUGGUGGUUUUGGCUCUGACCGCCACCUUUUCCACCACGGCAAUAAAGUCUUGUGGUGUGGUGGUGAGGAAGUUUCAGCCAUGUGAGCAGUUCCUGGUUGGUACCAGUUCUAAACCCACCUCUGAAUGUUGCGCCGUAGCAGAAGCAGUAGACAACAUUGCUGGUGCUUCACAAGCUGAUUGGGCGGCUGUUUGCAAGUGUUUAAAGGCUGGGGCACAAAAGCUCAAGAUCAUCUCUGCUAAAGCACAUAUUAUCCCCAGCUAUGCCUGCUCAAUACUAACAUAA